AUGAACGACAGACGGUCGCCACCCGAGACGCCCACAGAGGUGGCUCCGGACUCGGCAUCCGAAGGUGUUCCAAAGGCUGCACCGAAGCCAACCAGCAGCAAAGAUAUCGCGCUGAUGAAUGUGCGGCAGCUGCAAGCAGAGUGUCGGCAGGAGGGCCUGCGAGUGCGCGGUAACAAGGCAGAGCUGCUGCGCCGACUGCGUGAGGCGCGAGGCCUCGCGCAGGAGGAGAAGGCAGCACUGCCAGCGAUGCAGGAUGAGGAGGAGUCCGCGCGAGGAGAGGAGGCGGCUGUUAAGCAGGAGGCGCCGCAAGAGAAACUCAGCGAUAGAAAGGUAAAAGCCACAACUCCGUUCCUCCAUUUUUACCGCGAAAUCAAGAAUACCCUGACUGCCAAGGGUUGCAGAGGCAUGAUGCGUGAGGCGUCCGCAAGGUUCAAGUCCUUGAAUGACGAGGACCGGGCGCGCUACGAGAAGAUGCAGGUAGAGGAGGAGAAGGCGCUGCAAGCGCAAAAGAAGCGGAAGCUCGUGGAUGCCGUUCUCCAAGACACGCAGUGCACCAGCAUGGGUCGGUGCUUUGUCAAAUUCGUGGAACAGGCCAACCAGGAAGCCCAGGAAGUGGAGGCGAAGCUACUCCACGUGACCGGAACUGACAGAAACCACAUCAAAGGCUUUUUUUGUGUGGACUGCGUGCUAGUCUACAGAGCCUUGGACCUUGCAGGUUGCCCUCAGUGUCGCCAAAGUGUCUGCCGAGUUACCAAGUGUUUGGCCGAGGAUAAAGACGUUUACUUGGUGGAUCGCCCUGGAAUGCUGUUGCCAGCAGAGACGGAUAUACAGGAUUUCCGGCUCAGACCUCCGGAUAUCAUGGAUCCGGACACUUUGGAAUACUUUUUGCCUGAGAUUCCUUCGAGCAUCACCAUCGAGGAAGAGGCGAUGUUGCUCCUAGGAUCUGCAGUCGACGAGAUCGUGUCGUCGUUGUUUCAUCGGGCACACCUGUUGAAUCAACACCGUGGCAGAAAGGAGUUGAAAAUGGAUGAUUUUAAACUCGCACUGACACUGGGCGACGAAAAGCAAAUGCUGGACAGUCUGCGAAAAUGCCAAAGAGAAGCCAAGGAGGAAGAGGAGAAAGAAGAGAUUGAGAAAGCAGAAAAGAAGCGAGGGCCCAAGCCAAAAGCGGCAGCGAAGAGCAGAGGCCGCAAAGCGCAAAACGCGCCAGGCCUCUCGGAAAGCGUGGGCGGACAGGUCACGGCUGGAGGCCUCUCGGAAAGCGUGGGCGGACAGGUCACGGCUGGAGGCUUCUCCGAGGACGCGCGCAGACAGGCCUGGAUGGCAAGCUUUUCCAGCCGUGAUGAUGGUGCGUGCUUGGGCAAGCUGUCCACAGUAUGGGAAGCGCACCAGAGGUUGAAGGCAAACAUGGUCUGCAUGGAGUGCACGGGCUGCCAAGCUGGAAAAGGUCGUCGCUUCCGGGCGGAGUGCUCGCUGGACCAGGGCGAUGAUACCGUGCGUUUGCAGAUUCUCGUUGCUGGUGAGUGCAGUGGCCCAGCGCGUGCGCUGCGCGAGUCCUUGUCCGAUCAGCCGCCUACCGUGGCCGAGCGAAGACGGUUGAAGAUCGCCACUGCGCUUGUAGCAGCGGAAGGGGAAGAGGUGACUCCUUCCCAUGUGGCGAGACGCAUGGCAGCUCAGGGUCGCGCGCCAACCAUGAAUGCGCAAGCACUCCGCCACCAAGUGCGUGGUUUCGAUCCAGCAAAGUUCUUGCGACCUCGUCGCCAGAAUGCACCGCCGGUCACCGGGGUCGCAGAUUGGCAGCGCUGCCUGGCGGAACAUCGGGACGCAGAUGCCGGCCUCCUUUGUUUCGUGGUGAGCCCGCCAUCGGGGUCUUUCGUGGCCACUCUGCCGCCUAUGCUGAACCACCUGGCAGCUGUGCAUCAGGCCAACUACUUGGGCAUGUGGACGCUCAGUGCCGAUUGCACCUUCAGAGUCGAGGCUGGCAGUUGGGUGUACUUGAUGGUUACAGCCAGCGUGCAUCGUUUGCUGUCGGACAGAUGGAGGGUAACUUUACGAGAGCUUCAAAAAGAGCUGAAGCGACGGGACGUCCCCAUGCCCUGUCAGAUUCACACAGAUCAUUUCCCUGGACUACAGCAAGUGUGCCGCGAGACCUUCCCAUCCUCCCGUCAUUUGGCGGGGAUGGAACACAUGUUCCGCAAUUUCGCUAAGAGCGAGAUCAGGGAUCGGGAGACUGGAGAGCCGCUCCGCGUACCGAGGCUUGCAUCGCGGCCGUUGCCAGUGGUAAUUGGGCACCUACACCGGCUGGCUCGCGUUCCGACGCUCAGCCUGUUCAUGCUUCUGGCGUCCGAGUGGUUGCAGAGAAUGACCCACGAGUGGCCGGACCCUGACUUCGCUGCGUAUCUGAGAAGGCAGUACUUCCACGAAGGCCCCGUGAACGCGCAGAUCUAUGGCAUCGAAACGGGGCUGAAAGCUUCUUUCUGGUAUGGCCACGCCUCCAAAACCUUGGCAGGGCACCCGCCUAGCCAGCAACAGAGCGAGGCGUCCCACCGACAGUUCAAGAGGAUCGUCGGCAAGUCCCCUAACGACAAGCUCCCAGCCGUGAUUGAGCGCUGCAAAAGUGCUGUGGCUUUAUGGUCCAGCGUCAGUACUUCAACCGAGGCGUCCUAUGGCCUGGUGACACCAAGCGGGAAUACCGGCGGAGUUCCGCUGUCCCCAGACUUAUGGAUGGUUCAGCGAGAUGGUACAGGGCUUUGGCGGCAUCACCUGCCGGGGUCUGGGACGGUCAUUGUGCCAGCUGUCUGGCGGAUCCAUGACGAUGUUGGCCGGAGGCCAUCCUGCGUCGUUGAGGACAGCUUCAGCACUGGGCGCUGCUUCAUCAUGCGCACGGGAACACCAGGGCCGGUCGACUCAGAGCGUGCCCGGCAGAUGAUGGCCCAGCUUCGAACUCGCAACGUGCCACAGCUCAAAGCGCUCCUGGAGCAGCACGGCGUCUUGCUCCCGGUCGCGAAUGAGUUGGCUCCGUGGAAGAUUUCCUUCCCGUCCCUCGAUCGCUUCUGGACAGAGCACUGCGUGGUGAUCUAUAGAUCGAGAAGUGGCCAGCCGGCGUCCAGCUCCCAGGAGCAGAUACUCGCAGGUGACGUCGUUCAGUGCACAUGUUGGUACCACCUUCGCAAGGGCCACUGUCCUCACCAGUACUACGUGCAGGAGCGCCUGGGUCUGCGGGUACACAGCGCCGGCGUACUUCCUACAGCUGCGGCGGCUCGGGUAUCUCUCGAAGAUGAGGGGAGCUCCCGAGAAUCGCGCAGGACCAAAGUUCGGAAGCGUCUCUCCAAGAAGAGGCGCCGUGCAGAGUAUAGGCCUCGAGCUGUUUUGCCUCUGCAAGAGCUGCAUGAAGAGAAGGAGGACGCGUCGGUGCCUGCGCCGAAGCGGCGUGCCAAAGUCCUGCCGGCCCAAAGAGCCGCGCGAUAG